AUGCCGGGCGGCUUGCGCCCCGCCGCGGCGCUCGCCGCGGCCGCGCCUGUUGCCGCGGCGGCCGCGGGGGCCGAUCGGGGGCAGAUGGCCAGCCCCCGCGCCAGGAUCGCCUGCCGCUCGUCCCCGAGCCCCGAGGCGAGGGCGCGCAACCUCACCCCCUCCAGCUUGGCCGCGCGCCGCUUCGCCCGCUGCGCGCUGAACUCGCGCGGCGGGGGCGCCCGCACGCUGCUGCGCUGGAACGGCGUGGGGCUCGUCCACAUAUUCAAGGGCAUCGCCCCCCCCCUCCCCACUGCGCAACGCCCGAUCGUUGUGCGCAGCGGGGGCCGCGUGCUCUCCACCUCGCGCGACGCCGCGUGCGCGCCGCCCGGCGCCGCCCGCUCCCCGCGCACCUCGCCGCGGCGCCUCGAGCGGGCGCUGCGGGAGUCGCGCCUUCCGUUGGCCGCCCUGGUGCGGGACCCGCUGGCGCGGGCUUUGUCGGCCUACCACGAGGUGAUGAAGCGCGGCUGCGCCUCCCGCGCCCCCGAGGCUCCGGGGAAACAUUGGGGCCGUCUCGUCGCGGACCUCGGGAGGAGGCUGCGGGCGGCCAUCCACGGGGCCGACGGGCACUUCUGGCCCCAGGCGGACUUCCUCACGCGCGCGGACGGCCGCAGGCUCCCCGUGCAGUACGUCGGCAAGCUUGGCGCUGGGGGACUCGCCGGGGAGCUUGAAGAGACGUGCCCCGCCUGCAGCGCAGGCGCCACGGCCAGCACGCCGGCGCCCCGUACUUCCGCAUCGACCCGGCCUUCGUGCCGGCCGAGCUUCACGGCUGAUCUGCGAGAUCUACCGCGUCGACUACUGCUGCUUCGGCUUCGCCAUCCCAGGGCCCUGCAGGAGGCGCGGCUUUUGCCCCAGGCCAGCGCAGGGGAUCGCGCCAUGAGAAGCUGCUUUCCCACGUCGCGGCGAGGAGGUCGGCCGAUAAUCAUGAAGCGCGACGAGCACGGCAGAGUGCGAGGGCGAUCUCUGGUGAGCAUGUGGCGCGUCUGCCAAGCGACCUCGGCUCAGCUCAAGUCAGGAGUCCUGGACGCUGUGCGCUGGAACCUCUGGCACAUUCUCUGGCAUUGGCGGAUUCGUGUGUGUGUGCGUGUGUGUAUUGGGCCCUUGCUGGUCACGUGCGGCAUCGUCGCCCAGUUCUUGUGGAAGCAACGGCCACCGAGUCAGUUCCGGGUCUUGCGCCUGCACGCCGGCGUUGAACGUUUCGCCGAGGAUCCCUGGGCUCAGCGCGAAUGCCGAUGGUCGCCGAUUGCUUGCUCCGCGACCGCCAGGCGCUUCCGGCUGUCAACGGGCGCGCACCAGGGGGCGAAGUGGUGGCCCUGGCGCGCGCCUCGCGAGCUGGGGGCGGCUAGGCGCCCCCCGUCCGCACUCGGAACCGGCGGUCCAGAGGCGGCCACGAGGUGCGGGUGGAAAAGGGUCGGCUUGUGUUUCGUCACGGAGUUGCUCGGACUCGGAGCCGUCUAG